CAUUUAGAGUCGUUUUGUUACAAAUUUAAAUGACCUCGUCGCUACGUCACGGAGUCAGAGGUCACGGAAAUUACGCGGGAAAGCGGCCCUCGGGGUUCAACGUUUGGGUGCUCAUCUUGUGCCUCCGCUCGCCUGGCCUCGACCCGGGGCACCCUCCUCUCUACCGUCUCCUCGGCGCCGUCUGUCGUAUCUGUACUGCCCACUCUGAACUGUCUCUUGUUGCCUCACCUGCACCGUCUAUUAAAUAUUGUCCCGUCUGUACUGUCGCCUUGUCCAUAGCUCCCGCCUGUCUGUACUGCCUCAUUGUCUGCAUUGUUGGUAUCGCGUGUACUGCCUCGUUUUAAUUGUCGGUCUCGUUUGUACUGUUGGUGACAUCUGUACGGUCACCCCUUGGCAUUGGCUGCCUCGUUUGUAACUGGGUCUAUAAAACGACGCUACUUUGUCCUGUGCUUUUCUUGUGUAACCGUCUCGUUUGUACUGCCCUUUCCUAUUCGCUGUCUCCUUCCGACUGUGUUUUCUGUGCUGCUAGUCUCGUGCUGCCCACUGGCACCACAACGUAAACAUUCGUUCCCUAAUUGCAAUUCUCGUCAAACAGAACUAAUCUGCUGUGGUCCCACGCCACGCGAAUCCCCCUGCAUGUGUCAUGGACUUGACCUUCGUCUGAUUACUGACCCGCCUAUACGGGGCAUCUGUAGAAAAAAAAGCGCUUCAUAGCUCAUCGGAUUCCCACAGUCUAAAUAAAGAUUUGAUAAUCAACCUUAGUCUCAUCGAUUCAUUUGAUCGCCGCUUCGCGCAGAGUUAUGGAAGAAAACGUCGCCUACUCCCCCAGCUUUAAGAGACCCCCCGGCACCCUGAAGUUAAAGCGGAGACUGAGUGGAGCGGGCUUCAGACAAAGUCUCUCGUCCAGUGGCUCUCCAGACGCCUCCUCGUCGGUCCCCGCUUCGUCGCGCAGCCCGGCCGCUCCGUCCGCGAAGAGACGGAAUCCCUUCGCCAGCCUCAACAACAACGCGCUCGGCCGGGGCUUGGAGCCGGCAAACAAGCGGGCUAGCCUGGCCGGUGCUGGCGGUGGGGUCACUGGGGACGAGGAUCUUUGUGAGGACCUUUGUAAGGAACCGAGUAGGGGGGACGACGACACGGGGGCGACUCGUGGUGGGGACGUGCAGUGUGCAGCACCGCGUGGAACCCCCGCGUCGUCGAGGCCGGCUGGAGGAGAAAGGCUCUUGGACGUUCUGAAAGGGCUCGGCGCUGGACAGCAACAGCAGCAGAAGGCUAAGCCUGGAGAUGGAUCCCCGCUGGAGCAAGGGGAUGCAACAUCACAAGUUGAACAGGACGAGCAGGCAGAGCAGACCCGUGGGUGCGAGUCGGGAGAGCGUUUGCCACCGGACUGGAGCGUCAAGACGAGGAUUCUGUUCACCUCGAGCCUGCCUUUCUCCUGGGUGGAGCACUUCAAGGCCGUUGAGGAGGCCCAAGGCUUGGCUUUUCACCAGCCCAGCCCGGCCGCCCAACUCCCACAACACAUACAGGAUCCAGCAAGGAACAGCGCACUACGCAGCGCUUUCCUGCGCAGCACCACGCACUGGGUGUGGCCGUCCUUCCCUUGGCUGCCCACGUUCCCCAGGAUGGGCGGCGAUCGUUACAUGGCCGGGAAGAGCGCGCCUUGGGCCAGCGAUACGGGAUUGCAGUCCGUGCUGCUGUCCGAGUGGUCCCGCAGCCUCAGCUCCCUGUACACGCAGCUGCGCUCCGGCCUCUGCCCGUUCUUCUACGUUUGCGCCGCACAAUUCUCGGUGCUGUUCCGCGCCGCCGGGCUGGCGGGGAGCGACGUGGUCACCGCCGCCAUGGCCCCCACCACCCGGGGCCUCCGCGAGGCCAUGAAGAGAGAAGGGAUUGAGUUCUGCAUGCCACUGGUGGAGGAGAUGCCAGAGAGACGGGGAGAUGAUGGCGAGGAAACUUGCAAGGAGGAGCAGAGCGAAGAGGACGAGCAGCUGAUGGGAGGUGCCGAGUGGCUGAAGGAGAUCGGCAUCAACGAAAAAUUCCCCAAGCUCGACCCGGCACAAAUAAAGCUGCAGCGCAGUGAGGGCAUCGCCCGCCUGGACCACAAGGCCGAGUCUCUUGUGCUCGCACGCGGCCCCGAUGCUUUUGGCCUCUUCAACUUCCUGCUGGGCAGCCGGGCGGUCGUGAACGGCUCGGGUGUCCAGACCGGGCUGCCCCCAACGCUGCUUGCACCUCUGCCAUUCCGCGGGGCAGCACUGCACACGCUCAGGAGCCGGAGCGGUGUGGUGCGCACGCAGCACGGCACGGGCCUGCGCGAGCGCUACAGCCUGGAGCUGGCGGGGCCCAUCCUCCCGCACUGCCUGCACGAGGUGUCCACGCUGCUGGGGGCCGCUCAGGGCGGUGACUUCUGCGCCACCAUAUCGACGCACGAGCCCAGCGCCGCCUUUAACUCCGCCCUUGCGCAGCCGUCGCCGUCGUCGGCUCCCAGCCAGGCUGGAGCAGAGUGUGACUUGUCGGGCUUCAAUCUGCUGCCCGCCACCUGCUCCCAGCUGCAGAUUCCGCCCUGCCUGGGCAAGCGAGCUGUCCGGGAAUUCAGUGCAGAACAUCACACCUACACUUGGAAGCUCUGAGCGCCCCGCUGGCAAAGGCGUUACAGAUAUAUAUAUAUAUACCAUGUGGGAUGGUUCCCUUCCUCAUGGCUGCAAUGCAGGCUGUUGUACAGGCUGAAUAGCCCGACUACAGGUAGCAGAUUGCACCGACAUUUGCUGCCACGUAGCACUGGGUGGCAGUGACAUCGCGUCGGUGCUUUGCCAGGUUAAGCGCAGUUUAAGGCUACGUGCUGUGGCAAAGGCUCAAUGAAAAGAUGUUACGGCACAGCCGCUGACGUUAGUAGAUUGGUGUAAUUGAUCACCUCACGAGCACAAUAAAAUGACAACAGCUGCCUUUAGCCACGAGUGACGAUGAUGUGACCACAUCUCUUGUGCUGGCUACAUGCAAUUUGAAGCCACGUGAAGUGUCGAAGGCUCGCUGGCAGUUUACAGGAAAGACCCAGGAGUUAUUGGUAAACUGAGUUAACAGGUAACCGUCUCACACAGACAACACAUAAUAGUAUAGAAGUUCUAACAAAUCUAACACUCGAGCAUUGCUUUGAGAGAAAUGCACAGAGUUUAAAACGACCUGCAGGGCUAACACAUUAUACAUUGCGGUACACACAUGCCGCAUUUCCACGACCACUGUAAAAUUGGCUUGUCGCCAUAGUGACGCUUCUGGGCCAUUCCAGCACAGCAUGGGUCUUGUUCCCGGUGACUCAAGAGCCGAGUGGCUUCAUGCACUCGUCCCCCUCCUGCCCGAAGCAAGAGAGGACAGAUUAAAAUUUUGUUUUCACUUAAAUUACUGUAAGCUUGGUUAGGUUUUACUAUCCCAAGCUGAAAACCAUUAUGUCAUUUUCUGCCAUUUUUAACUCAGGUACGCCAUUGGACACUCAUCCUAUUACCCCAUCACUAUUGUUUCCAAGGGUGGCCCGGAUCAAAUUGUGCAACCCUGUUAUGAGUUGGAACUGUCCAGCCCAGUUAGGAAACAUGCGAUGUGCUGGCUACAUAUGGGUCGAUCCCACUUUCCCGGUCUGUGAACCAGUCUGGCUCUUUUCCCAGCGGUCAUGGAAACGUGGCAACUGCGCAGUAACCACGUGCCAUUCUCCCCCUUCAUGAUUUGAUGACUUAUUACAGUUUGGUAUCAAUUCUUUUGCCAUUAUGGUCCUUAUAGGAUCUCUCAUAAACCAAUGACAUAAAAAGUAUACAAAUUUUAUUGAUUCUUAAACGCACGAUUUCAUGCGCGAUGCGUAUCGUGAGUGUAAGAACGUUUUCAUCGUUCAAUGGAUGUGAAAUUACAUGCCUCGUAAACAGCGCCAGUUAUAUAACAUCAUCUUGUACAAACAUGUUCUUGCUGUUAUCCAAGUGAAAUAUGUGCGUUUUUUUACAGUGUAAUAUUUGUCGGCCAAACCUAUUUUAAAGUUUUAAACUAUUGGAAGUAUUAAACUUUGAUUAUACUUUUUUACUGAGAAAUGUUUGUAAGAUUUGUCAAAAUAUGGAUUUUUUUUCCACAUUAAAUGGAUUGAAAAGGA